AUGAGCGUCAGUAUCUUAACCCGGGAGGACGACGACCUGGACUGCGCUCCCGGCCAAAAGCCCUACCGCUGCAAAGACGGCCAUUUCAGAGGUUGUUGUUCGGUACAUCCAUGUGACUGGGACCGUUGCCCCGACCGCAAUGUAGAGAAAAGCAAGCGUGACGGCGACAUGAAUAGCGAAACAACAACAUUGACCCCAACCACAAUAGCUUCCAUCGGUCCACCCGUGCAGUGGACAGGAGAAAUUACCACGAGUUCCGGCCCGACUAUCACUACGGGCCGAGAAGACAUAACGUCACUGACGCUGUCUAUCACGACCUCUUUUCCCCAGCAGUCAUUAUCAUCCCCAACACUGGCUGUUACUUCUGUGACCUCGGAGUCCUUAACAGCGAGCCCAUCAAUCAUCGUUUCAACCCCUGAAGCGACGGAAACACCGAGUGAGGGGAAUGGUGACGCCAGCCUAUCUCCUGGUGCCAUGGGGGCCAUCUUUGGGGCCGUUACAGCGGCCAUGCUCGCCGCCAUUGUAGCUUAUUUCCUCUGUGGAAAAAGAGGCAAAAAGCUCCGACAAUCCAUUCGCUUGGGGAGCUGGAAAACCCACGACGACCCACCCCAGGCCAACGACGGCUUUUCACUGUAUACGGGCUCUCCUCCCGAUAACCACGAUCCCAAAGAAGAUAGGGACCUCUUUAGUCCAGCCGAAGGCGGCUACGAAGAGCCUCAAUCACGUUAUACCCGAAGGAGUGCCUUUACCUCCAGUGCGAUCAAGAACCGCCCCGUCCACCCCACGUUCUGCGAUGAUCUGAGCCAUGGUCGGAUUCCUGGCAUGGCGACACGGCCUAGAACAGCCACCCCAGAUGUAGCCCGAAACGAUGCCGCCACCCCUGAACUACAGGAGUCGCCAAAGCGAGCAGCUAUUGUCGAGCUGGCUUCGCCGGGUUUGCCCAGGCUCGUUGAAAUUUCGAGAACCCGACCUAGCAGGCAGAUUUACCAGGCAUACAGUCCAGGCGCCCCGUUGCACCCCGCCUACGACCGUAGAGUAGCGAGCUUGCGAAGCGAGUUGACAGGGGGUCUAGGAGAGCGAUAUCAGCAGAAUCAAACCAACGGCUGGACGCGUUCGAAUCCUGAAUCUUGA